AUGCCAUUGCCAAAACGUAUAAUCGAACCCGUGUUUGUGGCACGGUCGGUGUAUCCUCGUGAGGAUAUUGCCGAACCAACUGAACUUGAAACGGUGACCAAUACAACGCUUACCAAUAUCAUUCGACAAUUGUCAUCAUUAUCAAAACACUCGGAGGAUUUAUUUGGUGAAUUAGCCAGAGAGGCUGGCCACCUAUCCGAACGAUCGAAUUCAUUGCAAGCUCGAAUUGAUCGGUUGGCCAUUAAAGUUACGCAAUUAGAUAGCAAUGUUGAAGAGGUAUCACUGCAAGACAUUCAAAUGAAAAAAGCAUUUAAAAGUGCUACGGUUUUCGAUCAGCAAAUCUUUUCACGAGCCACAAUGCCAGCUGCAAUGCUUGAGACUUAUAUGCAAUGCGAUAAGCCACCGCCAUUAGAUAAAUUGAAUUGCUAUCGAGAUGACGGCAAGGAUGGCCUUAAAUUCUACACUGAUCCAAAUUACUUCUUCGAACUCUGGCGACAAGAGAUGCUGAAAGACACUGAACGCUUUUUGCAUGACAAAGGAAAGAAGAUGCAUCGACCUCGAACCGAUGGCGCUGGCGGUAAACGUCACAAUCGUAAAGUUCGUACGCCUCAUAAUACUCGCGAGAAACAACGUCAAAUUGCCAUUGGUCAUGGUGAAACGUUGAUGCCAAAUAAUGUAAUUUAUCGUACACCAAAUUCGGCCAUGAGCAAUGAAGAUUCGGCAUACAAUAGCAUAGGUUAUGAUGGACGGCCAAAUCGUCCCGAUUCAAUUGAAAUUCGGCGCAGCUAUCAAACCGAACAAAUUGACGGUUAUAUGCCAAAUUCACCAAAUGCAUAUCAGCAUCAUGCUGGCUAUGCAACAGCACAACAAUUAUACGAUGAAACAGCAUAUCAUCAUUCACAAAAUAUGUAUGCUGGACAUCAUAAUGCUGGUGCAAUAUCACCAGAAAAUCCAUAUGCACCGGGCACACCAUCGAAAGGAAAAUCAAGACCAUCACAACCACCUCCAGCACCGCCAAGUGGUGGCAAUACACCAAAUGCAUCAAAUGCCAAUACUCCAACACGUAGUCGAAAUUUGCAAUCACGUGACGCAUUACCGCCACCUCCACCAGUGCCAAUGGAACAAUCACCACCAAUGCAACAAAUGACCAAUGGAAAUGCAUCAGUUGCAGCCAAAAUAUUGGCACGAAGUCAUAGCACAUCACGAUCCGGUUCACCCCAGCUAAAUACCAGCGGCGGCAACACUGGCGGCGUUAUGGAUCAAAAUGCACUUGUUAUGGCCCAACUUAAUAGUCAAAUAAACAAUUUGAAUAGCUUGAACUUGCAAAUGACACAACAAAUGAACGCAAUCAACGAUUUACCACCACCACCUCCAAUACCGGAACAGUUGUCGCCCAAACAGAUGGCAUCGAACUCUGUUGCACCGCCACCGCCUCCACCACCACCACCAAUGGAUCACAGUCCAUCGACAAAUAUUUACAAACCGAUUGCAAAUGGUGACUUGAACAAUGGCUCCGUUGGUGGUAAAUUGAUAACACCAAAAAAAAUAACGCAACAAAAGAAGAUUCUUCCAACCAUUGACGAUACACGAAACGAUUUAUUGAAAGCCAUCCGUGAUGGUAUCAAAUUACGAAAAGUGGAAAAAAUUGAGCAAAAAGAAAAGGAGCGUUCAACAGCAUUCCAUGAUGUUGCAUCGAUAUUGGCACGGCGUGUUGCAAUCGAAUUAUCUGAAUCUGAAGAUUCGGACAGUGAUGAAGAUAGCGAAUGUUGGGUGGAACCAACGGAAACAUCUGCCUGAUCUUCAAUGGAUCCACAACUAAUUAAACCAGAGACGACACAAAGUCCAAACAUUAAAAAGAAAAAGUAAGUCGAUUCGAUUUGCUUAUUUCGCAUUGAAACACGAUGAAAUAAAAAGACAUUUUAGAAUUUGAUAUAUUAAAAAAAAAUGGAGAAAAGUUAAAAUCAUAACCAUUUAAAUCUCUCACCUUACCGCUUAUAUACAACUGCAAGAACCAAAUGUAAACCACAAAAAUAUUUGUAGUGUGUAUGAGAUUUAACAAAAAAAAAAAAUAGUCAAAAAAACAGAAUAGAAGAAAGAUAUUUUACAAUUUUUGCCAAUCAACAAACACCUUUUUCUACUCACUCAUAUACAAUUUUUGUAGACAUCAAAAGUGGUUAGGCACAAGCACAGUCUAGAGAGAUGCUUCAACUCAAAUACUCUUUUAAUCAAAAAAAUAAACAAACAAAACAAAACCAUUUAAACAACAAAAACCAAUCAAUAUUACUUUCUUUUCUACUACAAAUUUAAUAACAAAUUAAAAUCAUAUUCACAUAUUCGUAGAAUAGAAUAACAAAAAUCACACAUCACCUGAAUGAGUGAAGAGCUAGAAAAGAACCAGUAUUAAAGAACCCCGAAAAAUAUGCACAAAAUUCCAUUUGUUACAAAUGAUAAAAAAAUAAUACGAUGAAAAUUAAACCUAUUUAUUAUGAUUAUUGUCAAACAUUUUCAAAUGCAAAGCAAAAAAAAAAUCUCUUUUCUUAUUUGUCCCCAAAAUUGAUCCGCAACAUUGAUUAUUUAUUGAACUGAACAUUCACACACUGUUAUAUGCUUAAUAGCAUUCACAUUAUAAAGAUGUAUUCCCCGUCCGUCGUGCGGUGUUAUCUGAUUUAUGUGGUAUCAUUUGAAAUUAUACGCACACCAUUCAUUUUUAUUAUGUAAAAUGUCGCGCUAUAUCAAUAAAUUUCUUCUCGGCAUUUUGUUUGCAUUUUUGUUUCGUCUGAAAAACAAACUAAUUUCCAUUCCAAAUCUGCAUUUAAAAUAGAUUCACAAUCAAAAUAAAAUGCUUCCAAAAAAUAUGUCAAAAUGAGAAAAACAAACGUGUACCAGAGAUAGAUAAAGCAAGUAUAUCCCAGGGCUUUGUCGCCAAAACGAGCGCUGAAAAGGAUAUUCUAUAAAAGAAAAACAAAUCGCUCAAAAUAUAUAUAUAUAAAAAAUGCAUAUUUAAGUUAAGUUAUGUGUACCGAAAUUGAAUUGGAAACAAUUCGCAAACAAAGAAAAUAAGACAAAAAAAAAUCAAAUUGGCAUGAAUAUUGUUUUCUAAUUUUUAGUUGUCGUUGACAAAACAAUUGAAUUACGCAUUCAUUUAUUCGAUUUGAUUAAACGCUUUUUUCGCCUUUCUGCAAAUUAGAGAAUUAUUUUAAAAGAGCAUAUAGAUGAUUUAUGAGAGAGAAAGAGAGAAAAAACAGUACUAAAAUUGAAUUAAAGAGCUAUAUAUCUAUUUGUCUAAUCUUCCUCCCAGCCCCAAAUAUGCAAAUCAUUUAUAUAUUAUACGAUCGGCUAUUUCGAAUAUUUGUUUUUUUUGUGUUUGUUUCAUAUCCCCUUUGUGUACAGAAAAUGAUAAUUUUAUUAUUAUAAAUUAUAUUGUAUUAAAAACCAUAUUAAUUGCUAUUCGGAAGGAAAAGUAACACAUUCGAUUAAAAUGCAUUAUUAAAAUAAAAUUAAUGAUUUAAUCGUGGCGAUUCAAGUUCAUUAAACGAUUGCUGGUGCUUCAAUGUGCAAUGUGUUUUUCUCUAUCCCUCUCAAACCAAUCUCAUUUUAUUUGAUGCUAUAAAAACACACACAUACAUACUUUGAAUUAUGACCGUCGAAUUUUGAAUAUGAAUCGCGACGAUAGAGUUCAUUGAAUAAAUACCCAAAAUAGAUUUACAAUUUAGUGAAGUAGGUAAAAAAACAAACAAAUAUGUAUGCAAAAAUGCUGCUAAAUAUGUUUUAUCGGCCUGCGAACACAUUUUUUUAAGAAAAAGAACAUGAAAUAAAACGCAGUCGUGAAAUACAAAAUUUAACGUAUUAUCGCAAACGGUUGAACAAUUAUUGAGUCAUUUUUAUGGAAAGAUUACUAUAAUAAAUAAUGAUGCACCAUUUUGUAUCCGUCAUUUCCUUGAAA